AUGGCUGACUCGCUGCUGCUGUUUAAGAGGGGUCCUUCUCGCUCCACGUGGCUGCGGGCCCGCAAGGCCCGGCCGCACCUCAUCCUCAGCUACCGGCCCUGCCGCCGGCUCGGGAGGCUGCGCUGGCGCAGCCGAAGGCGCUUUCGGCGGCGACUGCUGCAGGCCCAGGCGGCCGGCGUGGACUGGCGGGAAGGCGGCUGCCUGGUGUCGCGUGCGGCGGCGCCCCGGAGGCCCAAGACCGCGGCCCCCAGUCCCCGCCCGGCCGAGGAUCCGGCCCCGAGUUGUUCCGCGAUCCUCCCCAUCCCGCCUGUGCGAUCGGCCGGCUCGGGCCGCGCCGUGUUGCUGCUGCCGCUGGGGCAGGGCUUUACUUUUAGCGGGAUCUGUCGUGUGACCUGCCUCUAUGGCCAGGUGCAGGUGUUUGGUUUUACCAUCAGCCAAGGCCAACCUGCCCGAAAUGUCUUCUCUACCUAUACCCACUCUCGCCUGACUAUCAAUGCAGUUCAUUACUCAGUGCAUGAGAAAAGCAAGAAGGAGAUGAAAAGGGAAGCCCGAAGUUUGCUCAGAUCUUAUCUGAACCAAGAUGACAGAUACUGUUUGAUGAAGAAUUUUUCUCCUCUGUGUUCCAUUGUGUUGCUGGAACGUCUGAAAACCUCCACUGUGAACUUCAUAAUCAGCCAUCCAGGCUUAUCGUACGUUUUCGUACAAGAGAUUCCAACUUUCCAGAUUAACCCUGAGUAUUUCGCCUUGAAAUCUGUCGGCAUUAGAAGAGAGAGAAAAAAAAACGGCCUUCGUUUAACUGAGAGUGCCUUUUCAGUCAUGGAAGAGUUAGUCAGCAUUUCUCGUGAAGAAGCAGACGGCUGCCCUGUCAUUCUGGUUUGUGGCUCUCAGGACAUUGGAAAGUCAACAUUUAUUAGAUACCUGAUUAACCAGUUGUUAAAUAGUAUAUCCUGCAUUGACUAUUUGGAAUGUGAUCUGGGACAGACAGAAUUUACUCCACCAGGUUGCAUUUCUCUACUUAAUGUUACAGAACCAGUUCUAGGACCACCUUUCACCCACCAGAGGACACCCCAGAAAAUGGUCUAUUAUGGGAAGCCUUCUUGUAAAAACAGCUUUGAAAAUUAUAUUGAGAUAAUAAAGUAUGUGUUCAGCUCCUACAAGAGAGAGUCCCCUCUUAUCGUCAACACGAUGGGCUGGGUGGCAGACCAGGGUCUCCUGCUUCUUAUUGACUUGAUCCGACUGCUGUCGCCCAGCCACGUCGUUCAGUUCAACUCUGACCGGGGUAGGUACAUGCCAGACCUCAGCCCAAGCUACGUGGACAACAUGGAUGGCUUGUACACAAAGAGCACGUCCAAAGUCAGAAACAGAGGAUUCCACCUGGCAGAAUUUGCAGACAAUUUAGAAUUUGCUGACGAAGAAAAGGAGAAUCCAGUUCUGUUUACUGGAUACAAACUGAUGUCCGUUAAGUCGGAGUUUGUGUCUGGAAAAACUCCAAGAAAUAGAGAAUCACAUAACAAAGUCCUUCGCGAGUUGGCAGUGCUGAGUUACCUUGGCCAGCUGCAGCCCCCAGUGCCAAAGCCACUGUGUCCCUUACAUGGUCUGACACCCUAUCAGGUCCCUUUCAAUGCCGUCGCACUCCGGAUUAUCCACGCUGAUGUCGCUCCUACCCACAUAUUAUACGCUGUGAAUGCCAGCUGGGUUGGGCUUUGCAAGAUCCUGGAUGAUGUCAGAGGAUAUGCAAGUGGGCCCAUCCUGCUUGCCCAGACGCCCAUCUGUGACUGUUUGGGGUUUGGAAUUUGUAGAGGGAUCGACAUGGAGAAGAGGCUUUACCACAUCCUCACUCCUGUGCCCCCGGAAGAGCUAAGAAACGUGAACUGUCUGCUGGUUGGAACCAUUUCCAUUCCACAGUGUGUUCUCAAGAGCCAGCGUGGGCUCGAAGGGAUGAUACCUUACAUCACAACAGAUUAUAAUUUUAAACUUCCUGGAGCAUCAGAGAAAAUUGGAGCAAGAGAAAUUGAGGAAACACGUAAAGAGAAAGUACACCCCAAACCUAAAUUCUAUCGAAAAACAAACUGAUCCUGAUGUUCUUAAUAAGGGAAGGACCUUUUCUCCC